GAGGUCCCGAGGAGUUCGCCGCGUCGAGCUGCCGCGGCUGCGCCUCUCGUUCACGCGCAGCGGCAAGCGCCUCUACUGCGACCAGCACAGCGGCAAGUGGCUGUCGGACCGGGCGUGCCCGGAGUCCGUGGAGCACCUGGUGGGCCAGUGGGGCGGCGGCACGGUGCUGCUCGAGGACGUGGCCGGGGCGUUCGUCGUGCUGGUCUCCGCGGUGGCCGAGCCCAUCCGGCCCGCGGACCACCACGGCGACCUGGGCGCAGUGGAGCAGUAUUUGCCCCUGCAGCUCGUGCUGCGGCGGGGCGCGAAGAGUUGGGUGUCCAACUUGGUGGAGGGCUCCCGCCACUACUACUACCCGCUGCACCUGUCUGGCACCCUCUCCUUCACGCCGACGCCGGCCGCGAGCUUCUACCUCCUCCUGUGCAGGUUUCUCACCUGGCACUUCUCGGAGGUCGCUGCCAUGGCCAGCGCCAUCUCGGAGGUCUCCACGAGCGAGGAGAGGCAGCUGUGGGCCCGCCUCAACCUCCUGGAGACGGACUUCCACGCCGACGCGGUCGCCUGCAGGUUGCGCAUCAUCCUGGCCGCCAUCCCGUACGGCGCCUCGGCGAUACCGCCCUGGCACAAGGGCGUGCAGCUGCUGGAGUACGCACGCAAGCGGCACCUGGUGAGCGCCGGGUGCGCAAUCUCGCUGCAGCAGGAGAUGACGCUGCUGGCGCUCCAGGAGGCGAGGGACUACGCCGAGCGUGAGGCGCCGGAGCUCCUGGUCCGCCGGGCCGUGGUGGCGAACCUCGUCGCGGCCGAGCAGUGGGAUGCCACGCCCGGCGUGGUCACGCCCACGUCGGCUGCGGCGCCGGUGCUGCUUGGCCCACUGGUGGACGACUCAGGGUUCGACAAGGUCUUCGACAACAGCUUCCUGCGCGAGGAGGGCUUCAUGGAGCGCAUCUCGGCGUCCGUGAAGGGCAUGGUCUACAACCGCCCCGAGGGCGAGAGCGCCGCCCUCGACGGGGUGAGCGCCCUCGCCUACAUGGACCAGCUGCUCCCCAAGGCUGGCGGGCUCGCGGCGGUCUCGCUGCCGAUCUUCCUGCUCUACGAGAUGUUCACAGGCACCAUCCACGUGAACCUUGUCCGCGGGGACGAGACUCCUUUGCUCGCCUCGGCGCUGCUUCGAGUCAUGAUGGCGAGCAAGUCCAACUCCCCGUCGCCGCAGCUGGCCGUGCUGCGCGCCCUGGAGGCCAACGACGAUGUGCGCCACUCGAUGCCGCAGUGGGGCUCCGAGGGGACGAAGAGGACGAUGAAGCUGGGUGGCCUCGUGAAGUUUGACCACGACUCUGCCUCACGGCUGAUGAAAAUGGCGAUGGAGAACCUCAGGGAGAAGGAGGCCUCGCUCCGGCGGCCGGCCCACUACGAGCCCCUGGAGCCCCCCGCCAGGUGCGUGAUGGUCGAGGUGCAAGAUGCGAGGAGUCCACGAUACUGGGCGCCGCCCAUCACCAGCAACGUGCUCAACAACUCCCGCGCCUUCCGCGCGUCGCUCGGCGCCGAGUUCGGGGACCGCCCCCUGGCCGAGGCGGCAUCGCCGCGGCCCCCGAGGCAUGGUCCAAUCCCUCCUCCUCCUCCUCUCCUCCCCUCCUCCCCCUCC